AUUGUUUUGAUGUUUGAUGCGAGUACAGGAAUCGACUUUGUCAACGUAAAGAGUAAUGAAAAGCACAUAACACUUUAACGCAUCUGCGUUUAUUUGUCUGCACUGUUAUCCUGUUGUUUCUUUAGCAUCCUGUGGUACUAGGUGCAUUCUGAAGUACAAAGAUUGUCGCUGUAUGUGGUAUAAAGUAAGAGCACAUUACUGAAUUUUAGUGAAAUAAUGGAGCCCAAUGGACUACUGUCCAGCAACGCUUUUCAGACACAUUUAAAAUGGGGUAAUGGAUUCAUUGAAACGUCGCCCGUCUGUUUACCAAGUAAACGUAAACGAAAUGAUUUGGGUGUUUUAAAUGGCAAUGAAGAAGCUGCUUCUAAGGGGUUUCCCUCCAAAGAUAGCUUAAGGAAACGUGGUUUUGUAAUGAUUGAUGGUCAAAGAGGUGUGUACUACUCUGAGAGCUGGGAACCCAAUGGCAGCACUUUGUACCUGCCUGUUUGUGGCACUUUGUUAGCCAACAUUGAAAAAUAUGAUCAGAUCAGCUUUGAGCAGGGCUGCUUCUGCAUAGGUAAUUCUGCAGGUGGAUUUCAACAGAAGGUCCAAGGUCAAGCGAUCCAUUGCUGGCGGUAUAGUGAACGUGAAAGAAAGCUUUUCAUUGCGCUCUCUUACUUGUUUACAAACUUACAAGUUUUUGAGGAAGUUGUCAGCACUCUUGAUUGUCUCUGAGGAACCAGACAGAGUUGGCCAGUGCCAUUUCAGCUAUGUUUUAAAGCACAGACCAAUUCUGUGUUAUUAAGACACAUAGCCUUGACUCUUCGUCUCCUUGUUACAAUGUCUUCUUGAGUCUAAUUCUGUUUUUCUUUUGUUUUUUUUUGUUUUUUUUCAAAAACAUUGUUUAUUAUACAUAUUGCGAUUGCUUCAUUCCAAUGUCCCAACAGUUGUGGAUAAAGAAACAUAUGUGCACAGCAUAUUUCUGUGCUGUGCUUUGAUAUCAGUGCCUGGUUCUUGUAUAAUUGUUAGCUGGCUUAUGGUGAGUGAACAAUGGUAGAUAUCAACCUAUAUGUGUUUAGUUAAUGUUGAGUAUCAUGGCCACUGCUUUGUUUUUACAUGAUCAACCCUGGAAAAAGUAAUUCUGAUGCUGCAGAUCUUGCUAUGGACCAAAAUGUAACAUUAUGAAAAUGUAGUUAAUCCUAUGACUGUCAUGUGACAUUUGAUGCCUGGUGCUUAUUUUGUUGCACAUUAUGAAAAUAUUUGUAAACCGCUUUUAAAGUUUUUUUUUUCUUCUUUUUUUCUAAUAAAAGGUGUAGGAAUACCA